AUGCACCAGACCCUCCGGCAAGCGGAGCGUAGCGCUGGAGGGUCUGGGAACGAGACUAGGCCACCUGCAGUCCAUCCUCGUCCGCGCGUCGAUCCCGCCGACGGCAUCGUCUUCACGCUCGGGCUGAAGAUGUCGACGAUCGUCGCGCUCACCGCGGAGGCGACGGUCGGGAUCGGGAAGACGCUGAGCGCGAGCGACUACCGCACGAUCGACCCGCUCGCCGGGGUGACUGUGUUGGAUCGAGACGGCGUCGAUCGCGUUCGAGGAGAGCGCGAUGUCCACGGAGCGCCUCUGCGCGACGAACUGGCCACGGCGCGUGCGGUGCUCGUGGGCUGCGUGCCGACGCUGCAGAAGGCGGUCCCGUACCUUGCGGACGCGCUCGGGCAAAUCACUAAAUCCAAUCAUUUGUUCAAUCAGCAGGCGCGCGCGCCCUAUGGUGACCGCACGUAA